CUCAGGGAGGCCGGAAUGUAUUUGUGGAGGGGUACACUGAGACUUCCUGUUAUUGGACGCUGUGGUUGCGCACUAACGAAGAAGAAGUUUGAUCGUCACCUUUGUUAAUUAAUCUAAUAAUCUUCACCACACAGAAGCUGUUUGGUUCGCCGUAGCUCAGGUGUGUCUGUCGCCGACAGCAGGUAUGCCUCUGUCGGAUCGCGUGAGCUCCGACGGCGGCGCGGAGCCUCGCAGUCCUCGCGCCCGGAGACCACGCACUCGUUCCCGCAGCCGCAACCGACACGACAGCCGCGAGCGGAGCCUGUCUCCGGACAGCUUCGGGCCCAAACUCCCGAAGCCCCGAAACAGAGAGAGGGAGCGGGAGGAACGGGAGCGCCGCUUCCGAGAGGCCAAAAACCUCCGACGGAUCCGCAUAGGAAGCCGGUCCAGGUCUCGGUCCAGGUCCCGGUCCAGGGAGCGACACAACAACAACAGCAGCAACAACAGCCACAACCACUGGUCCGAGCCGCGGGACGCUCCUGGGAAACACGGAGGCUUCAAGGAUGAUUACUACUACGAGCAGCAGAGAGACGACGCUCAGAGGCAGAGACAGGAGGCGUUCAUUGCCAGGCGUCUGCAGGAGAGGGAGAGGAUCGGUGAGCUGGGUUGUCCUGAAGUUUGGGGAUAUUCACCAAGAGUGAAAGAGCCAGACUCUGAUGAAUUCACGCCAGUGGAGGAAGACGAGAAAAACAGCAGUUCAGAAUCGAGUUCAGAAGAAGAGAAGAAGAAGAAAAAGAAGAAGAAGAAAUCCAAGAAGAAAAAGAACAAAAAGCACUCAGAGGACAGCGAGCUGGAGUCCGAUUCAGACGAAGAAGAAAUAAAGAAGAAAAAGAAGAAGAAGAAGAGCAAAAAAUCCAAGAAAUCCAAGAAGAAGAAGGCGAAGAAGAGCCGUAAGGAGUCGAGCAACUCCAGCAGUGAGGAGUCCGAGGAGGAAGAGGAGGAGGAGGAGGAUCCCAACGGGGUGAUGUGGGUGGAGAAGACAUGCAUGGAUGAACACGUGGUCGGCCCCGAAGCGCCGCUCACGCACAUGUCCCAGGACGACAGACCUUUGGAUUUCGGUCAUGCACUGUUGCCAGGUGAAGGUGCUGCGAUGGCGGAGUACGUGAAGGCGGGCAAACGUAUCCCGAGAAGAGGUGAAAUCGGCCUGACGAGCGACGAGAUCGCAAACUUUGAAAAGUCUGGCUACGUGAUGAGCGGCAGCAGACAUCGUCGUAUGGAGGCCGUGCGUCUGAGAAAGGAAAACCAGAUCUACAGUGCGGAUGAAAAGAGAGCUCUGGCGUCCUUCAACCAGGAGGAGAGGAGGAAGAGAGAGAGCAAGAUCCUGUCGAGCUUCAGAGAGAUGGUGUACAGGAAAACCAAAGGCAAGGAGGAGAAGUGAGCGACAUGUUCUACAAGAUUCACUCAGACAUACAUUAUUUUUCUGUCUUGUGACUUGAUGUAUUCAUGUUUUUGUUUUCUUAGAGGAUAGCGACAUUGUUUUAAAGGACUGUACAGUGUUGGAGGGAGGAUUUUAAUCGUAAAGAAAUGUCUGUAAAUGAGUGUGAAAGCGCUCAGCUGUAUCAUAUUCUCCAUCCUGUCUACUCACAGGAACAAGUGUUUCCUUUCAGUUGUUCAAUCUCAUUUUUUUCCUGUACAUUUUUACAAAUAAUCCUGAUCAAAACGGUAAAUAAAUUUUCAUUAUAAUGUUG